UUAAUUUAGAACUGGAAAGUGAUGAAUUAUUUCAGGACGAAAUAAAAGGUGGUAGGCUUUCUUUCGCGUCAAAACCUAUUUUUGUAUAAAUAAGUGUACAUAUUUUGUGAUUUGUUUUGUUGUUCAGGUGAUAGACGCAUCUUUAAGAGUACUGUAAAUAUUAUUCAUAAAUCAAUGCCAAAACCAAUUCUACCAGACAAUAGACGGUGCUCUAUACAAUACCCUGAUGAUUUUGGGUUUUUCUUACCUCUAAAGCAGUACCGAUCAUUUCUCUCUUUCUCUCGACUUAUUAACUUUUUGCUUUUAGCUAAAUCGGAAUCGGAAUUAUUAUCCUAGCAUGCGUAUCCAUUAUUUGAUAUGGAACAGAAUAGUAAAAUUUUCUUAGCCAUCUUGACCAUCAGUUCAUGAUUAAAUUAUUAAUAUAUUAUGUUAUUACCGUAAUAACUCGGGUCUCAGGGAAAUUACCUUAUUCUUUCGAAUCACAAUUAUCGGUUUUUUAACAAAAGGUUCACCAUAACAUAAGAAUAUGAAUUAUUCCAAAUAGCUCAAGUGUCUAGCCAGAGAUGUCAUUUUUGUGUCAAAUCAACUCAAAUACGCCUCCCGGUUUCUAUUCGCCAUAAGGUCUUACCCGUAAAACAACGAAACGAAUCAUUCUAGUUUGGAUUGUCAAAGUUGCUAAUCGACAAACAGCAGGAGGCAACGGAAAUUUGUGACGAAAAAACGUACAAAGCAGCUGGCUUUUACGAAGAAAAAAAAACAUUUUUGAAGGAAGGGUUCCAAGGAGGAAUCUCCGAGGUAUCUCCUAUCCAUGACGACUAUUGAGAAAUUUGAGGAUAGGAAAAGUGAAGGGAAACAACACCGAGAAUAAAAAAGUGAUAUAAAGCAAUCAUAUAAACAGUACUAUUAUCUUUGGCUUCUUAUUAUCAGGACAACGAUAUUAAAGAAUAACACAAGACAUAGCGGGAAAAUGAACUUGUUCCAGACGAAAGUUAAACCGUUGAGCAGAGAUGAAGCGAAAAGUGAUUCUGAGAAAGAAAUAGAGGAACAACGCAAAACUCUGAUUAAGAAUUUCAGCAGCUAUACCACCUUGCACGGUUUCCACUUCCUCUUAGACAGUUCGCCCAUGCCUCGCCGAGUACUAUGGACGGCAUUGGUUGUAUUCGGACUGGUCUUUUUCUUUAUUCAGCUAGUGAUGUCUUACGGCAAGCUACGCGCUCGGGAGAGCAUACUUGCUAAAGGUGUCGAGAGGCCUAUGAACGUCCUGUACCCGGCAGUGACCAUCUGCAACCAGAACAUGAUGAGAAAGAGUAAAAUAACGGGAACCGCAGCUCAGCGGUAUCUGGAUCAGCUAGAUCAUAUUAAAGCAUCUUUGAGUCGUGUUAAUAGGACAAAUGAGAGGUUUGAAACGGAGGAGAUGGUGCGAUUGUACGGACAUAACAUUACGGAUAUGCUGUGGGAAUGUAACUUCAUGAACAAGCCGUGCUCACACAAGGAUUUCGCCAUGCGAUACACAUCAUAUUCACGCGGCCUGUGUUACACCUUUAACUCCGGAGCAAACGGGUCACCAAUAGGCCAAGCCACGACCUCUGGGACACGCACGAGCCUGUCUCUACGGCUGAACGCAGAGUCGGACGAGUACUAUGGCCCCUUCAGCUACGACGCUACGGGUUUCAAGCUCGCGGUUCAUGAUCAGAACGAAAUCCCAAACAUGGACGAAGACGCCUUCGAUAUCUCUCCCGGGUUCCUCACCAAUAUUAGGAUCCGUAGAGAAAAGGAGAUCAAUUUGCCUUCUCCUUACCGUUCGGAGUGUGGGUCACGUGACCUUUCCAACGCGCCAAAAUACUCGAUGUCAGGAUGCAUCUACGAGUGCUACAGCAAGAUUAUAGCCGACAAGUGCAAGUGUCGAGUGCUCGGCAUGGCUCUGAAUGGUCUUAACGUCACUCAGUUUUGUACAUCGGACGAGAUAAUUAACUGUGUGUCCACCACAUAUCUAGAGCUCAACCCAGCAAUGUGCGACUGCCCAAAACCCUGCCGGGCCCUUCAUUACAAGAUACAGUUAUCACUUGCAUACUUUCCAUCCGACCAUCUAUGGGAUUCCAUUUUUCCCGUCCUUUUAAACUUUACGGAACUGGUCAAAGUCAACACAACAGGAAAGAGUCAAGACGAGGUGCUACUCCAGAUACAAGAGGCCUUAAGGAAACAAAUUGCGCAGGUGCAGAUCUAUUACGAGACGCUACUGACUGAUGUUCUGGAGGAGAAGCCGGCUUAUGGAAUCAGCGAAUUCGGCUCUGACGUGGGCGGUAACAUGGGGCUAUUUCUAGGCUGCAGUCUACUUACAUUCUGCGAGUUCAUCGAUCUCGUCUUCAUGCUUUGUCUGCAUAGACAUCGGCUUAGGAAAGAAGCAAAAGAGAGACAAGCCCGGGCAGCAAUCCAGGAUGACUAGGCUAAGAUAAUCUCAACGAACUGGUGCUACACUUUUAACAUAGAAUGAACAUAAAGCCGUGAGACAACAAGGCAGUAUGAGGCCUGUUGUCAUAUUCGAUCUUGGAUGCCUUUCUCGUUGACGUCGAGAGAUCUUAAAGGCUCAGACAUUUCAAAGAUGGAGAUCUUUUGUAUUGGCAAUACUGCUUGGCCCACAUCAGCUAUGAUGAAGA